UUUAAGUGUUGCGAGCCAGACUUGGCGCGAUAUCGCCAAGGCGCGCUUAUUCCAAGCUUUGUUGAACCCGGCGGAGGAAGCCAGCGAUUUUAUAACCAGGCCAAAUUCUAAUUUACUUUCUACUACAUUUUUUCCUUUAUCCGGAAGUGAUAAACGAAACGAUACGCUGUGAGUUCUGUCCACCUUCAUCCAUCGGACAAAAGAGCUUCAGUGAGAUCGCAGAGCAUUCCGUUUAUCUAGCAUCAUCAAUUGUUGAUUUACCAGGAUAAUUAUUGUCAUCUAUUACAAUAUUUCCUAACUAUAUCGCGCAUUGAAAAGAAAGCGUAGCGAUUCCACCUCCAUCUUCUAAGUUGCCCGACUCACAAUGCGGCUCCAGACACCGGCCGCCCGGCUUCUCCGGUCAUUGCACUCUUCGACAGCAUCACAUACACUUUUACCACCAGCAACACCCGCAUCAUUCGCAAUAUGUAGAUAUUCGUUACGGCCCCGAACUCUCCCUCCCGCAACCCAGUACCUGAACACCCUUAACCAGCCAUCUCUCCCUUCCCUCCGCAACUUCACUACGACCACAACCUGCUUCUCCGACUCCUCCAACAAGAAUAAAAACCAAGGCCACCAGCCGCAAUCCCAACCGCGCAAUGUCAGUGAUGACAGCAACCGCAACCCUAGUCGCCACUACGUCCGCGAUACCGACGCUGACGAAGCAGAAGGACUCGACAGGGACAUGGCCAGUGAAUCAACGCUUAGUGCGCUGAAUGUGCUUGCGGACGUAGCGGCUCCAUCGACGGCCAUUGAUGCGUGCUUGCCAGAUGGGUUCCAGCUGGAUAAUGGGGUGAGGAUUACAGAUGGAGAUGGGUGUUUGUUAGUUGAUGGUGAGGUUUUUAGGUGGAGGCCUUGGGAGACCGGCAAAGGUGGUGGUGAUAGUGGGGGUGGGAUGAGAGCGAUGAUUAAUGAGAAGGGACAGUGGGAGGUUAGUGAGGAGGUUUGGGGCGUGUUGAAGUUGGUGUGGCCGAAACCUGAUCUUCUUAUUCUUGGGUUGGGCGCCUCUGUCUAUCCUAUCUCUCCAGAGACGCGGAGACAGAUUAAUCUUCUUGGUAUCCGGAUCGAGGUUCAGGAUACCAGGAAUGCGGCAGGCCAAUUUAAUCUCCUAGCUACGGAGAGAGGCGUGCAAGAGGUUGCUGCUGCUCUGAUACCGCUUGGGUGGAAACCAAAACCAUAGUAUCUAUUUGUUGGAUAAGGAGAAAGACGUCAACUGGCUGAAGAAAUACCUUGUAUUAUUAUUAAAAUUACUAUUAUUUUAACGACAAUCUUAUUCUUUGCUUUUCUUCCCCCUUGAAUCGUAUUCCAUAUCCCGUGUAGACAGAAUCAUCAGC